AUGAUCACUUCUUACAUAACUGUUCCUCAGUGGAAGAUCAGGGGUGAAAGGUCCCCACUGACGGCGCCUCUGGUGGAGGCUCUGACGGAGCCUCUGGUGGAGGCUCUGACGGAGCCUCUGGUGGAGGCUCUGACGGCGCCUCUGGUGGAGGCUCUGACGGAGCCUCUGGUGGAGGCUCUGACGGAGCCUCUGGUGGAGGCUCUGACGGCGCCUCUGGUGGAGGCUCUGACGGAGCCUCUGGUGGAGGCUCUGACGGCGCCUCUGGUGGAGGCUCUGACGGAGCCUCUGGUGGAGGCUCUGACGGAGCCUCUGGUGGAGGCUCUGACGGCGCCUCUGGUGGAGGCUCUGACGGAGCCUCUGGUGGAGGCUCUGACGGAGCCUCUGGUGGAGGCUCUGACGGCGCCUCUGGUGGAGGCUCUGACGGAGCCUCUGGUGGAGGCUCUGACGGCGCCUCUGGUGGAGGCUCUGACGGAGCCUCUGGUGGAGGCUCUGACGGAGCCUCUGGUGGAGGCUCUGACGGCGCCUCUGGUGGAGGCUCUGACGGAGCCUCUGGUGGAGGCUCUGACGGCGCCUCUGGUGGAGGCUCUGACGGAGCCUCUGGUGGAGGCUCUGACGGAGCCUCUGGUGGAGGCUCUGAGAGCAGACUGGCGUUUCAGCAUGAGCCCAGAGAACAGAGCAGAGCUGGGCGACCCUACACUGGGUGGACUGGACUUGAUCACAGGAUCUGUUUACUUCUUUUCUCCUGAGCAGACAAACUGA